UAUGGAGGUUUACGAGAGUGUGAGGUUAAUUACAGGUUGAAUUGUUGUCAAUCCUACUGUUUAUCGGGGUUCUCUCGCCUGGAGCAAUAACCUGAGACGUUAAAUGUGCGUGGAGUAACGGGAAUUGAGUGAAAAAUAGUGAAACAUCAAACAAAAUGAGUGAAAACGAUUCGGUUUAUGGGACUACCCUGUCCCAGGAGUCCAUGAAAGUCAUCGCCGAGAGCAUUGGUGUGGGAAAUUUACCGGAUGAAGCUGCCAAGGACCUUGCUGAGGAUGUCAGCUAUCGUUUGAAGGAGAUUAUACAGGAUGCUGCUAAAUUCAUGAGACAUGGCAAACGCCAGCGUUUGACGACCCACGACAUAGAUCACGCCUUGAAGAUAAAGAAUAUUGAGCCCACGUAUGGCUUCUUCGCCAAGGAUCACAUACCCUUCAGAUUCGCCUCGGGGGGAGGGCGAGAGUUGCAUUUCGUCGAGGAGAAGGAGAUCGAUCUCAAUGAGAUGAUAGCUGUGGCUGGUACGGCUACGUGGCCAAAACUACCUCUGGAGAUUACUCUCAGGGCCCACUGGCUGUGCAUUGACGGCGUCCAACCGACCAUACCCGAAAAUCCACCGCCAGUUUCCAAAGACGUUCAGAAAUUGGAGAGUGUGGACCCAACGACGAAGCUCGCCAACAAAUCCACAAACAUGAGUGUGGGGAAGCCCGGGGGUGGUGGCAAGGGUCAAAAACUUCGAAAUGUAGAGACAGUGCAUGUGAAACAACUGGCCACCCACGAAUUGAGUGUUGAACAGCAGUUGUAUUACAAGGAGAUCACAGAGGCCUGCGUGGGCUCAGACGAGGCUCGCAGGGCUGAGGCUCUGCAGUCACUCUCAGCUGAUCCUGGCCUUCACGAAAUGCUCGCGAGAAUGUGCACAUUCAUUGCUGAGGGUGUGAGGGUCAAUGUAGUCCAGAAUAAUCUCGCAUUGUUGAUUUAUCUCAUGAGAAUGGUGAAGGCUCUGCUUGAUAAUCCAAGUCUUUAUUUGGAGAAAUAUCUUCACGAACUGAUUCCGUCGGUAGCUACCUGCAUAGUGUCUCGACAGCUCUGCAUGCGACCAGAAAUGGACAAUCACUGGGCUCUACGGGACUUCGCCUCACGUUUGAUGGGUCAAAUCUGCAGGAACUUCAACACAUCUACCAAUAAUGUCCAGACACGUAUCACGAGAAUGUUCAGUCAAGCGUUAACGAAGAAUAGUCAAACUCCCCUGGCUUCGCUCUACGGUGCAAUCAGUGGCCUCUGUGAAUUGGGUCCAGAAGUGAUAAAAGCCCUUGUCAUACCAAAAAUAAAAAUCAUAUCAGAGCGCAUUGAGGGCUGUGUCGAUGGUGCAGCUCUGUCCAAUGUUGACAAAAAUGCCGCUGGACACAUUAAAUCGGGGCUUGUGAAGUCAGUGGCACCUGUGCUGAAAACAGUCAGAUCGGCUCCUGAUUUUGUUGAUGAUUACAAGCAGGAUUAUGGAUAUUUGGGCCCUGCACUUUGUGCUGCUGUUGCCAAAGCGAGAACUCAACCUGUCGCUGUUGCACACUCACCAUCCACCACUGGAACUGGGCUAGCAGCGAGUCAACCUCCUACUGCCAAAACCCUCGUUCAAAAUGAAAAUAUUUCAGUGGGCAGUCAACCCAGCCAACCGAGCCAGCCACGCACGAUUGUUGUCAAUGCAGCGAGGAAUGCUGGAGUCAGUGCUGCCAGUACUGGUCAAAAAUACGUUAUUGUCCAGUCGAGAUCACAGACACCGACGGGGGUUCAACAGCAGCCACCGACGAAUCCCCAGGCACAGGGACAACCGAAUCCACAGCAGAUUAAAAUCACUCAGAGUAAUAUACAACAGAAGCCCCUGCAGACUGCAGCACCUAAACUUGUUGUUGUCUGCAUGCAGAAUAGCAGUCAUACUAAUACAUCAACUAUGUCUCAGGUGACGACAAUAAGUAAGACACAAAGUGUUUUCGUGAUGCAGCAGAGUGCGGAGAGAUCACUGAGUCCAGAUGAUGAUCACGCGUUCAUGUAGCACAGAUGAAUAACUGAUAUAUUUAAAAAAUGAAAAUUGAGGGACUGGCAUUCGGCUGCAGAGGAUUCAGUUCACAGGCAAUUGUAUUAUCCCAUCUGAAUCAUUGAGUGGAAUAUAAAUGGGUUUAUUUUUA